UUUCUCUUGUUUCUAACUUUCAUCAUAACACUCGAGGUACACCAGCUCGACUUCGCACCUUUACUGGCUUUCCGAAGAUUACAAGAAUGUUUCGGCUCGGGAGGAACGGUCUACGGCCCGCCUUGAACCUACCAGUUCUCCCGGUGCUGGGGUCUGAGAUCAUGAUCCGAGUUUCUGCCCAGUAAUGUGGAUGAAACUUCGAAAUAUCAAUUAAGGGGCGAAGAGUACUGUGCUCGGAUUGCUUCCAAACCUCAAAUUUUUUCUGGACCAUUUGGCCGCCUGACGCGAAGGAGCACAUGGAUGUUUCCGCCAUAUAUAAGUCCUCCGUAUGAGUAUCUUCCAAAGCAGAAAACCCUCCACAUCUGGAGGCUCUCGCGAACACUUGCUUGGGCUUUUCUUCAAAAUGCGGGCCUUGUACACGUUCAGCUUGCUCUCGUUGGCUUUGAGCAUACCGUCCGUUUUUGGACAACUUGGACUUCCUGACGGUUUCCUAUCCUUCUCCACGAAUUCCUUCAACGUCCAGCUCGUGAAGGACUCGCAGACGUUGUACUCAUUGAAGCCCACAACUGGGGGUGGACCUGACUUCAUCCCUCAGGACAAGAUGACUCAACGUCAGAACAAUGGGCAGUAUCAUUUGGGUGAUAUCACCUUUAGGGCGCGUAAAGUAGGCUCAACCGCUUGGGUCAGUGGUGACUCUGCAGCAACUCGACGUCCUGUCGCCGCACUGUCGGUCUCAGGAAACACCCUCGCGGCAGCCAAUUUGGCCCCCACCUUGCCCUCGAAUUCUCUUUUAAAUAUCACACGUCGUUGGGUCCGUAACGGUGAUCAGCUGGAAUUACAAUUUGACGUCACAAACUCCCAAACCACGGCUGUUGAAAUUGGUUCCUUGGGUGCACCACUCGAGUUCAAUAACAUAUUCACCGACCGUACCGCGGCACAGACCAAUACCUUGUGCAGCCUUUUUGAUCCCUACAUCGGACAAGACGCGGGAUACGUUCAAGUCACUCCUCUUCUAGGAACGCAACCUCCUCUUGUCGUUCUCCCCGUUGGGAAGUCACCAUUGGAGGGAUGGCGUUUCCUGUCAGAAAGCACGAGUAGCGCACCUUUCUAUCAAUCCCAAACUUUCGAAGGAUUAUACGAAUGGCAGUUCCAUACACUUGCCUACGCACAGAACGAAUGGUCUCGUGUCACCCCUUGGAACGCAGCGACAUCCUUCACGCUUCAGCCUGGUCAGACGCGUACAUAUGGUCUACACUUCCGGGUCGCGUCUUCCAUCCGUGGGAUUGAGCAAUCUAUCCAAGACGCAGGACGUCCAGUAGCAGUGACCAUUCCCGGAACUAUUCUCCCCACUGACCAGAACGGCAAGCUCUUCCUCCAUGCGCCAUCUGCAGUUCAGUCAAUCUCUGUGACACCUUCCGGUGCGUUGACGUGGACGACCAAUUCCGAGGCCAGGACCUCAGGAUGGGUUGGGUAUACUGUUACUGGUAAAACGUGGGGCCGAGCGCGUCUUUCGAUUACCUAUGCCGAUGGGAGCUUACAGACCGUGCAUUAUUAUGUCACGAAAACUGCUACGCAGACUAUUGGAGACCUGGGCAACUUCCUUACGACCUCGCAGUGGUUCACGGAUACCUCUGAUCCGUUCAAGCGUGCUCCUUCAGUCAUCAGUUACGAUCGCGAGGUUAACUCGGUGGUUUUGAAUGACCCGAGAGUGUGGAUCUCAGGCUUGGGCGACGAAGGUGGUUCAGGUUCAUGGUUGGCAGCGUUAAUGAAGCAGUACGCUCAACCGAAUGCUGCCGAGUUGACGAAAUUGCAGCAGUUUAUGAAUCGAACGAUGGCUGGGGUUAUUCAAAACAGUGAUGGAUCCGUCAAAAAGUCCGUCUUCUUCUACCAACCCGGUGCGGUGAGUUACACCUAUCCAACAAACGUCAACUGGGGUAACUGGUGGUCAUGGAACCAAGCUGCUGCAUUUGCAACGGAUCGAGGAUAUGACUAUGUUCAUGUCAUUGCUGCUCAUUGGGCGAUGUAUCGUGUGGCGCGUAAUUAUCCGAGUCUCGUCACUACGGGCACUUGGCAAUCUUACUUGAACAACGCCGUGACGACGGUCACUCGAUUGAUGAAUGGCCGUGUUGGGUUCACCAAUGUUGGGUGGAUGGGAGAGACUGUUAUUCGGAGCUUGUUGGACGAUUUGAAGAGGGAGGGAAUGACCUCUCAAGCGAACACGGUUGAGAGUUUGAUGCGUUCGAGAUGGCAGGGAUGGUCGGGUCAGAGAUAUCCCUUCGGAUCUGAGAUGGCAUGGGAUUCAACUGGACAGGAAGGUGUCUAUGCGUGGUCCAAAUACUUCAACGAUGCUACCACGGCGACGAACGCGCUCAACUCGAUUUUGGCUUACCAACCAACAGUCCCUCACUGGGGAUACAAUGGAAAUGCUCGUCGUUACUGGGACAACAUCUACGGAGGCAAGCUCCAACGUAUUGAACGACAACUUCACCAUUACGGUAGUGGUCUAAAUGCUUUACCCGUCAUCUCUGCUUUCCAAUCUAGCCCUACCGACUACUACCUCCUCCGAGUUGGCUUUGGUGGACUCAGCGGACCUCUGUCCAACAUCGACCAAUCCGGUUUCGCUGCAGCCUCGUUCCAUUCCUUCCCCGACACACUGAAAUGGGACGGCUACUCUGGUGAUUACGGUCCCAACUUUUCAGGCCAUACGAUGGGUAUGGGCACGUUCAUCAUCAACCAUCCCGAUUUUGGUUGGCAAGCGUUUGGAGGGAACGUUGUUUCGACUUCUCCCGCGGUUCAAGUGCAAAUCCGUGAUUCUGUUAGGAGGAGAGUGUUUAUUGCGCCUAUCGGGGCUCUAUUGACGCUUGAUGCUGGAGCGUUUUCGACGGUCAGUUAUAACCCUAGUGCGAGAACGGUUAGUGUUACGGUUAGUGCGACCCCUGAUGGAGUUUCGGGAGCUGCUGCUGCGCCGAGAGGAAGGCUUGUGGUGUCGCAGACGGUUAGUGUUGGAGGGGUUGGGGUGUUGAAGCCGACGACGAGUCUGACUAUGGAUGCGGGGGCUUAUGUUAUUCCAUUCUCUGGCGGAAGCGGUACGAUUACUUUGUCGGGAUGAAUGCGGGACAUCGAUGUGUUUUAGCUUCUUUGAGGCUAUGUACUAUACAAAGUCUCAAAAGCUUUGAGACUAGAACCGAGCAAAUUUUCUACGAAGUUGCUGGACAAGGACAGAGUUUCGUACGAUC